AGUCUGGCUCGGGAUCCGGUUCAGACUCCGAUCGGGAAAGACCUCGAUCUGCCAGCAACGCCUCGGGCAGCGGCAGUGACAGAAGGGAACGGGAUGAUGACGACGAAGAAGGCCAGGAGGGAGGAAAACCCAGUAUGAACAAGGAACUGUUUGGAGAUGACAGUGAGGACGAGCAGCACAGUCAACACAGCGGCAGUGACAACCAGUCUGAACGGUCGGGGAACCAGUCAGACGCCAGCAUGCACUCAGACCAGGCGGAGAAUGAACACUCUGAUGUAGAGCAGCACAGCGGCUCAGACGGCCAUCGAGAUGAGGACGAGGAAGGGGGCCACAGGUCCGAUGGAGGAAGCCCAGCUGGCAGCGAGAUGUCUGGAGCAGGGAGCCCUCGCUCUGACAGAGGGAGCCCUCGCUCUGACAGAGGGAGCCUUCGCUCUGACAGAGGGAGCCCUCGCUCUGAGAGGGGCAGUGUUCACUCAGACAGAAGCGUGCACAGCGACCCCCGGACUCCUCAGUCUGUUCCCGGCACCCCUCACUCUGACGGAGAGGCUUCUGGCAGGGAGAACCAGUCAGAUGAUGAGAAGUGGGAACGAGGGGCCAAGAGCGACCAAUCAGAGGACGAGGAGGAGAAACGCCGGUACUCUGAUGAAGAGAGAGAGAACUCGGACGACGAGGGCCGAGGAACAGGAAGCUCGGCAAAGGGGAGCGAUAGUGAGGAUGAUUUCCUCAGACAGAAAACCAAAGCGAAAGCUGCCUCUGAUUCGGAUUCUGACAGCGAUAUCGGAACCAAGAAGACAAAGACAACAGCAGCAGACGACCUGUUCGGAGAAGCAGACGACAUCUCAUCUGACAGUGAUGCAGAAAAGCCUCCGACCCCUGGACAGCCUCUGGAUACAGAGGAUGGGAUGGAGGGGGAGCAUGCAGAAGAGGAGCCUGCGCCUGAAACCCGUAUUGAAGUAGAAAUCCCUAAAGUCAGCACAGACCUCGCUGACCUUUAUUUUGUCAAGUUGCCCAACUUUCUGUCUGUAGAGCCCAGGCCUUUUGAUCCUCAGUACUAUGAGGAUGAAUUUGAGGAUGAAGAAAUGCUGGAUGAGGAGGGACGAACAAGGCUCAAACUGAAGGUUGAGAACACAAUUCGGUGGCGAGCCAAAAGAGACGAGGAGGGAAAUGAAACACGAGAGAGCAACGCCCGGAUCGUCAAAUGGUCUGACGGCAGCAUGUCCCUCCACCUGGGGAACGAAGUGUUUGAUGUUUACAAAGCUCCUCUACAGGGAGACCACAACCACCUGUUCAUCCGUCAGGGCACAGGACUGCAGGGACAGGCUGUGUUCAAAACCAAACUCACCUUCAGGCCACACUCCACAGACAGCGCUACCCACAGGAAGAUGACCCUGUCCUUGGCUGACCGCUGCUCAAAGACGCAGAAGAUUCGAAUCCUCCCCAUGGCUGGACGAGAUCCUGAGUCGCAUCGCAACGAAAUGAUCAAGAAAGAGGAGGAGCGUCUGCGAGCUUCUAUACGCAGAGAGUCCCAGCAGAGGAGGAUGAGGGAGAAGCAGCACCAGAGAGGCCUGAGCAGCAGUUACCUGGAGCCAGACCGCUACGAUGACGAGGAGGAGGGCGAGGAAGCCAUCAGCCUGGCAGCCAUCAAGAGCAAAUACAAGGGAGGAGGAGGCCUGAGAGAGGAGCGAGCGAGGAUCUACUCGUCAGACAGCGAUGAAGGCUCCGAUGACGACAAGGCCCAGAGGCUGAUGAAGGCCAAGAAGCUUGACAGUGAUGAGGAGGGCGAGGGAUCGGGCAAGAGAAAAGCAGAGGACGAUGAAGAAACGGCCACCAAGAAGGCAAAAAAAUAUGUCAUCAGCGACGAAGAAGAAGAGGAGGAGGAGGUGGAGGAUGAAGAAGAGGAUGACGAAUAAUUCAUUUUUUUUUAUCAUUCCACUGUAUUAUCAGUGCCCACAUGGCAUAUAACCAGCCAUAUCUUGUUUUGUAGAUUUUUCUUAAGACGUGUGUGGGGGUGAGCGUGUUAUUGUUUAUGUUCUGUACAGCCGAGGAGAAAAUAAAGAAACGUCUCCUUAUGUAA